AUGGGGGACAUGGCCAAGCACCGCUUCGGACCAUGCAAGAUCUGUCCUUUCUUCGCCCCUUCUUAUUUGCAAGCUCUCCACCCGGUGGAGAAGAACAGAAGCACAAUACAAAUGAUAACCAUGCUUCAGAUCUCCGCGCCGGUCGCCGAGUCUCUGCCCGGGUUCGGGCCUCUUCCAUUCAAACUAGAAACGGGAUACAUAGGAGUGGAUGAGAAAGAUGAUGUGCAACUGUUCUACUACUUCAUCUCAUCAGAAGGCAACCCACAAGAUGAUCCCCUGCUGCUCUGGCUCACCGGAGGCCCCGGUUGCUCCGCUCUCUCUGGACUCGUUUACGAGAUAGGCCCUCUACGAUUUAACAAGACCAGGUAUGAUGGCAGAUUGCCAUCCUUAAUGCUGAAUCCGUACUCUUGGACCAAGGGCUCCAGCAUAAUCUUCCUAGACGCGCCUAUUGGCACGGGUUUCUCUUAUUCAGCGAGCGCGGAAGGUUACGACACAGGAGACAAAGUUCAUGCUCACCAGAGUAGUAUUUUCCUGGAAAAGUGGUUGCUCAGUCAUCCAAGUUUCAUUGAAAAUGAUGUAUAUGUCGGGGACUCCUAUUCAGGCAAGGUCGUUCUGUUAAUUGCUCGAGAAAUAUUAGAAGGUAUACUCCCUGUUUGUUGCCUUAACUCGAGACCUCUGAUAAAUCUCAAAGGGUAUUUGCUAGGAAAUCCUGCAACAGACUCGGUAUUCGACGAAGGUUCAAGAAUUCCCUUUGCUUACCAUAAAGCGCUAAUACCGAAAGAGCUUUACGAGUCAGCUAAAAGGAAAUGCCAUGGAGAAUAUGUCCGAUUCAAUCAAACUCAUCUCGAGUGUGCAGAGGAUCUUCAAGCUAUCUCAGAGUGCACUAGUGGAGUAAAUAAGGGACACAUUCUUGAGCCAAAGUGCGAUAUCCACAAGCCAUCACAUGAACUUCUUGAAAGCCGGAGAUAUAUGGCAGAGAUAUAUGACAAUACUUGGCGAGCGCCACCAGAAAUUCCCGCAUUCCAUUGUCGGGAAUAUUUUGACCUGUUAUGCGACGUUUGGGCAAACGAUCCUGCCGUUCAAGAGGCUCUUCACAUUAGACGGGGUACAUUAAGGUCUUGGGUGAGAUGCAACAGAAGCUUAGCUUAUGCCUAUAAUGUCCGCAGCAAUGUGAGCCAUCACCUAUAUUUGAAUAGCAGAGGAUGCCGUGCCCUAAUAUACAGUGGAGAUCAUGGCAUGGCAAUCCCGUACUUGGGUACACAGUCCUGGAUCAAGUCCCUCAAUCUAUCCAUCGCGGAAGAUUGGCGGCAAUGGAUGGUCGGCGAUCAAGUUGCCGGAUUCACGAGGGAAUACUCAAACGGCUUUACUUUCGCGACGGUGAAGGGCGGAGGUCACACGGCUCCGGAGUACCUGCCCGAGGAGCGCUUCGCAAUGUACAAAAGAUGGAUCUAUCAAGAGCCAUUGUAG